GUGCGUACUGAAAGUGCACGCUCGAGAGCGUUUGUAAUCAGCUGUCAAAACGUGCAAUGUUCUCAUUGUGGCCACUGAGAGUUGAGCUAUGCGCUGGGCAGGGAAAAGCUCUCAGGUCCUCUCGGUAUGUUCAUCCAAGCUGUGGCAGUGGAUGUGAACAACAUACUGCGGUGACACCAUCUGCUUCACUGCACUCUCCGCGACAAGGUGUUUGAAGUGUUCUGUCGAAGUGCGCAAGAGAUGAUUGAGUUGGGCCUCCCCGAUGGCAGCCUGAUCGAUGAGCUGAUAGUGCUAACGUCCCAGAGCCUCGGCCAACUGGAGAUCCAAGAACACUUCAACAUCAUCAAGGAGAUUGGCCGAGGGAAAUAUGGCAAAGUGCUGCUGGUCACACAUCGCUUCAAGGGGACUCCCAUGGCAUUGAAAGUGAUGCCGAAAACCUCAACUAAGCUGCAGGGGUUCCUGCGAGAGUACUGCAUCUCCUUACAUCUGUCCUGCCACCCCUGCAUCGUGGGUCUCUUUGGCAUCGCCUUUCAGUCGAGUGAGCACUACUGCUUUGCCCAGGAGCUUGUCAUCGGGAGGGACCUGUUUGCCGUCAUUCAGCCCAAGGUGGGAAUCCCUGAGUCGGCGGCCAAACGUUGCGCCGUCCAGAUCGCCAGUGCUUUAGAAUUCAUCCACAGUCGGGGGCUGGUCCACCGAGAUGUGAAGCCUGAGAACAUCCUGCUGCUGGAUCAUGACUGCUGCCAAGUCAAACUGGCAGACUUUGGCCUGGCCCAGAAGAGGGGCACUCUGAUCAGUUUCAUCACCGGGACUCUGCCUUACAUGGCCCCGGAGCUUUGCAAAGUCGCUCUCCUCGAGGGCCAGAAAGAAGUCACUGCGCCUCCGCUGAGUGUGGAGCCAAGUCUAGACACUUGGGCCUUUGGUGUGCUUAUAUUCUGCAUUCUGACGGGUUACUUUCCUUGGGAGCGCUGCACGGACUCGGAUGAUUGCUACCAAGAGUUUGCUGACUGGUCAAGCCUGGGAGAGGAUGGCAACACAGAACGGGACAAUCCUCAAUUGUGGAACAAGUUCACUCCAGACGCUAUGGAGUUGUUUCGUAAGCUCCUGGCCGUGGAUGCAGAAAAGAGGUGCGCCGAAGGGACGGUGAGAGAAUACGUGAUGAAGGCCUGGCUUAAGAAGAAAAAUGGGAUGGAGCAGCAGACGACAGUAGAAAAAGACAAAGAAUAAUCCUGGACGAACGGCGCUGGAUUUUACAUGAAGUUGUAUUCAUUAACAUGAAUGAACAUCAUCAUUUAAAUGUUGUUCAGUUCUUGUUUGUAUUAUACUACGUGUGUUUUCAUUGAACAUGAACUUCGUCCACAACAACCAAGAUUUUGUUGCACCCAUUUCAAUGUAUACCAGUGUACUAUUAAACGGUCAUAUGAAGGGCCAGAAAUGUAUCACAAGUGUAAUAAAUAAGCAGGGUAAAGCUC